AUGCCUACCGCUGGCCUCAAAACCAUCAUUGCCCUCUCCUUCGUCUUGGCAGUCGGCUUCCUGCUCGUCAUUCUCUCUUGCGCCCUCUACCAAUCGUACUUCCCACUGCUCGUCGUCGCAACAUAUGUCAUUGCACCCGUUCCCAACUGGAUCUGCAGCCGAUGCGCCAAUCCCGAUGACUUUGUUGAGAGCUCUGGUGCCGCGGUGCUUGAUUUGGGACGCUUCUUUACAGGGUUCUUGGUUGUAAUGGGAAUGGCGCUUCCUAUUGUUCUUGCGCACUCCGACCUCAUCCGUAUUGAGGCCAUGAUCAUGUCGGUAGUAGGCGGUUUGUUGAUCUACGGAACCAUCAUCAGCUUCAGCAUGUUCUUCCACGAGGAGCAAGAGUUUUAA